GUGCAAUUAGGGGACUGCUUAUGAGAAAUGGAAGUUACGAAAAAAGGAGUUUAUAUAGGCUAACGCUUGUAAUAAAAUUAAGGGGGAUGUCUAUAAAGAAGCUAUUCAAACAUGUACUGCAUCAUUAAGAUGAAAAUGAGUGGACGGGGAUUGAGAUUAGCUGAGACUGGAGUUGUUUUAUAUUUUUGAUUGUAUAUUUCGGUAAGUGGACUUUAGAAUUCAUAUUUGUUUACAAAUGGCGGCUGAUGUGCGGGAGGAAGACGUCAAAUGCGAAUUGUCUUCGCGAUCGGCGUUAUCGAAAGAAAGUGAUGAUGAAGUUUCGUCAUCAUUAUGUUCCACUGAGUACAUGCCUUCUUAUUUGAUCGUGCAGGAGCAAAUGAGAGAUUUGAUUCUCACCCAAAAGUCUGCUGCGGAAGAGCUUGUUCGCAGUAACAUAAGUAUUUUAAAUGCAAGCAAACAAAGUUUUAACACCACAGUGGAAUCUCAGGAGGAAAAAAUCAGGUGCCUUGAAGCUACUAUUCAGAGUGAUUAUGUUCCCAGAGAUGUACACGAGAGUCUUCAGAAGAAAUUAGAGGAUGACCAUGUGCCAUUGGAUAAAUAUAAUCAGCUGAAGAAACAGUUUAAGGAGGAGUGUGAGAAGCAUGUUCAGACCCAGACCAGGCUGAGAGAAGUCCUCGACCAGCUGGACAGUUCACUACAUCAAAUUUCUGGUCUUACCAUGGAAAGAGAAAAGGACAAGGCAACAUUUGAAGCAGGGUACGAUGCUCUUCGUGAUGAAAUAUCUGCACUUCUGAAGAGAAAUAGUGAACUGGAAGAAAAGUUGGAUGAUAAAUGUAAAGUUAACAGUGAGUUGGAGGACAGGAUCACGAGGCAGCAUGGAGAGAUUGAGGACUUGCAAGAGCAAAAAGUGCAGCAGAAGUUGAAGUUCCGACAGAAAAUGACAGAGACUGAGGUGGCAAAACAGCAGGAAGCUUACCUGAACCGAGUCCUUAGUGGUGAGGAAAAGAAGAAAACAAAAAGAUGACAUUUCUCAACAUGCUUGAAUUGUUGAGAUUUGAACCUGUCACAGUUGUGGAUUCAAUUCCUUUAAUUGAGUAGGCCUAUAUGCCAUGUUUAGGUGGGGGGGUUUUUACGAAGUGUAUACAGACCAGGUAACCGGGAACAAAGUCACGAAGUAUACAGACCCGGUAG